ACUGGGCGGGACCGCGGGAGGGACAAGACAACCCAUGCAUGGCCGGUCCGAUGGAGCGAGAGGGACGAGACGCAGCCGAGAAGCCCCUCUUGGUAAGGGUGGGCGGCAGCGGUGGUAGCCAGGGCGGCAGCGCCUCCUCUUCUUCGGUUGCCGUGGUGGUCGGCUGCACCGCCAUCGCCGUCGCCGGCUCCUUCGAGUUCGGAAUGUCGAUCGGCUACUCGUCACCGACUCAGCUGGGCAUCAUGCGCGAUCUCCGCCUCUCGUUAGCUGAGUACUCUGUGUUUGGCUCGAUCCUGACCAUCGGAGCGAUGCUGGGUGCCAUUGUCAGUGGAUCUGUAGCCGAUCGAGCAGGUCGAAGAGGUGCAAUGGCGAUAUCGGAUGUUCUCUGCGCUCUUGGGUAUCUCCUGAUAGGAUUUUCCCAGAGCUAUUGGUGGCUUGACAUCGGAAGGGUGCUGAUCGGAUGCGGAAUCGGGAUUCUGUCAUAUGUGGUUCCGGUCUACAUAUCAGAGAUAACGCCAAAGGACCUUAGAGGAGGCUUUGCAACUGUAAACCAGUUCAUGAUUUGCUGCGGAGGGUCGCUUGCAUUUGUUCUUGGGACAUUUAUCGCCUGGCGCACCUUGGCGAUCGUUGGAGUGGUGCCGUGUUUAGUGCAGCUGGUUGGCCUUCUUUUGAUUCCCGAGUCCCCCAGAUGGCUGGCUAGGUUUGGACACCCAGGUGCCUUUACAGGAGCACUGCAGACGCUAAGGGGACAUGGAACCGAUAUCUCUGAAGAGGCCUCAGAAAUAAAAGUUUUCACAGAAAAGCUUCAGCGCCUUCCGAAGUCGAAGAUGUUAGACCUGUUUCAGAAGGAGUACAUCCGUGCUGUCAUAGCUGGAGUUGGGCUCAUGGCCCUCCAGCAGCUUGGGGGUGUCAAUGGCGUUCUCUUCUACGCCAGUGAAGUGUUCGUCUCGGCCGGUUUCUCGUCGGGAAACACGGGAACAGUGGCCAUGGCGGUAGUGCAGGUUCCGAUGGUCGGACUAGGGGUGCUUCUGAUGGACAAGGCUGGAAGGAGGCCACUGUUGAUGAUCUCUGCAGCUGGGACAUGCGUGGGUUGCCUGCUAGUUGGUCUGUCAUUCUUGUCCAAGGAGCAGCACUGGGAAAGGGACCUGAACGUGUUGGCUUUGGCCGGACUUCUGGUUUUCAUCGGAUCCUUUUCACUGGGUAUGGGCGGGAUACCAUGGGUUAUAAUGUCAGAGAUUUUCCCUAUAAACAUGAAAGGGUCGGCAGGGAGCCUUGUGACCUUAGUAAGUUGGCUCGGGUCGUGGAUUGUCUCGUACGCCUUCAACUUCCUGCUGAUUUGGAGUUCUUACGGCACCUUCUUCAUCUUCGCGGCCAUUUGCGGACUCACGGUCGUGUUUGUGCAUCGGCUAGUGCCGGAAACCAAAGGAAGAACCCUGGAGGAGAUCCAAGCCUCUAUGAACUCGUCCUUGACACCCUUCCACAAGUAUUAGUUUGCUUGCAUAGUUGAUUAGUGUCACAGAUACGGUUCAUUGUAUACAAAGAGAGACAUACAAAUACAUGUCAUUUCUCCAUAAUACUACUAUCUCAUUAUUAUACAGUGUUUUAAAUAGCGGGAAAAUGAAUUUAUCCUCAA